UUUUGGCUCAGGUAAUCCAUUUCCGAAGGCGGCUUACAGAGAGCCCAUUGCAUUCGUGCACACACGAUCCCUGUUUGAGCCUGCCCGAGGCCUUUCAGGGUCCUUGCGAGAAACAGGUGUAGACCCAAUCGCCCUAUUCAAAGCGAGGAUCCAGCCACAGCUUGGUGGAGGAAAGCCCCGAAUGCGCCCAAGAGGUCCAAUGAACAGACCGAGAGACCUCUAAGAGGCUCGCAGGAAGCCCUCCGUAAUUUACAAUGUAGGCUCAACUGCUCCGUAAUUACAACGUCCAGCGACAUUCGUAUUCAAAGUGUUUCAAAGCAGCGAUGAACUCAUUAAUCGUGGCUCUUUUACCGAUUGGUGUACUUGGAUCAUGCCCCUUCAUGGACAUUGGCACUCCUUCAAGUUUGACGGCAGAAGUCAUUUCUGACAGUGACUUCAAGACAGCCCUAGAAGGGCUAGACAUUGAGGCACUUGAGCAGGACCUCAGAGUCCUCAUGACAGACAGCCAGACUUGCUGGCCAGCCGAUGAUGGCCAUUACGGUGGUUUUAUGAUUCGCCUAGCGUGGCAUUGCGCUGGCACCUUUCGCACAUCUGAUCAGAAAGGGGGCUGCGGAGGUGCCAGAAUCCGCUUCCCACCAGAGUCAGAUUGGGAGGACAAUGGUAACCUUGAUAAGGCCCGUGCCCUUCUCGUUCCCAUCUAGUGCAAAAAUAUGGCGAUGCUCUCAGUUGGGGUGACCUCAUCAGUUUUGCUGGUACCGUUGCUAUCCGGGACAUGGGAGGCCCAACAAAUCCGCACUGUUUUGGACGAGUCGAUGAUGCAGAUGGUAACAAGAGUGACAUAUUUGGCGUCACAGAUAGCUGGCAAGAUACGGACUGCGUUGUGCAAGGAAAUUGCCAGGAGCCAAUGGGUGCGGUGAAGGUUGGCUUGAUCUAUGUGAACCCUGAGGGGCCUUUGAACGACCCGAACGAUCUGAACAGUGGGCAAAACCCAGAUCCAGAGAAGAGUGCCGUCGAGAUUCGGGAGGUGUUCGGCCGCAUGGGGAUGAACGAUUCUGAGACAGCUUCCCUGAUAGCAGGUGGUCAUGCUUUCGGCAAGUGUCAUGGUGCCGGCGUUAUGACGAGUGGCUUCGAGGGGCCGUGGACGACAACUCCUUCUCAAUGGACCAACCAAUUCUUGACUGGAAUGCUUGAUGAGGAGUGGGAGCAAGUCGCAACUCCAUCUGGGUCGGCGGUGCAGUGGCAGACGAAGGACAGGACCAGCAUCUUGGCUGGAACCAUGCGUCUGACAGCAGACUUGGCUCUUGUGAGCGAUGAUGCGUACCUGGCGUUAGCGAAACAUUGGGUGUGUGACCAGCAGAAACUUGACAUAGCGUUUGCCGCGUCUUGGAAGAAGCUCGUGGAGUCUGGCGGUGGAUGGUUGCCCGUGGAAGACAGGAGAUGUGAGCCUGAGUCCAAGGCGACGGGGCAGCAAACAGACCCCCAAAAGAAUUUCCAUUCGGUGUGCGCCACGACGACCACUGAUGAUUCACAAGAACCAACACUGCCACUAAAUUCUGUUUGUCGUUUUUGGCGGUUCUUUUCACCCCUUUCAGCCUUUGCGUGCACUCCUGGCUUGCGUAGAUUUUCGCGCUUGUAUAGUGUACGGGCUCCGAUAGAGCAAACGCGCAUGCCGCGUCGUCCCACCUUGCAGUCAGUUGCAUCCUGUACAGGGUGGUUUGUCCGAGCCCUCCCACCAGGAAACACAUUUUUCCCGGAAAGGGGCGCCAGCCCAGGGUUUUAUUUUAGUUGGUAAACCUGUCCCCGGUGCCUCAUCUGAGGGGCGCCGGCGGAUUCUUUCCUUGAUAAAUAUCGAGGUCGAGGUGGGCCGACGGAUUAAAAUUUCCCGCCCGUACGAUGUCUGGAUAAGCCUGUCAUGUGUUGUACUGAUGCUGUCGAUUUGUUUUGACGUCAGAACCAACCUGGAUUUGAGCUCACUGUCCGGCGUGACGGUAAUGUUCAUCCGGGUGUCUACUCUGUGCAUGCUUGGCAUAACUUUGCCACCACGGCCGCUUAGGUUGAAAAGGCGUCCGUUAAUUUGAGCUAGGUCCUGGUGAUGUUUGCAGCCUCAAGGGCCGAGGGGGGGUGUAAGAGAUUACACCCCCCAGUCACACAGGAUGGUCCCCGCCG